AUGCAGUAUCAGCGCGUGACGUGGACGGUGCGCGGGCGGGAUGGGGGCGCGGGCGAUGGAUGGUGCACCGCACGCGGCGCGGCCUCAUUUCCAUUCAUUCGGUGUUUGUUGACAAUGCGGCGGGCAGCGGUCAGAGGGCGCGGCGGUGGCAGGGUGCCCCGCGCUGCAGUCGGCCGCGCGCGCCCGCGCCCCGCGCACGCUGCGAGUGCGCCCGCGCUGCACCGGCCCGCACGUGCGCCCGUUCACGUCGCGCCCGCCCCCACGCCUGCGCCGACGCCACAG